GCCCCGGGGAUGAUGCCGUAAGUAGUUGAAUGAGCAAAUAGGAGCGUUACGCGCGGUUCAACGUUUCCACGAGCAAAAACACGGCGACAGUUAUCAUCUCUUUCAGUUGGAGGGGAGCCUACGCCCUCAGCCCAGCCCAGCCCAGCCCAGCACCAUGGCCUCGGACACAGGCGUGAGAUCGGAGAUGGACGAGCUGCAGAGGAGGGCCAAUCAGGUGACAGAUGAGUCUCUGGAGAGCACUCGCAACAUGAAGCUGCUUCUGGAGGAGAGUAAAGAUGCUGGGAUCAGGACACUGGUCAUGCUGGACGAACAAGGAGAGCAACUGGACCGUAUUGAUGAGGGCAUGGACCAGAUUAACCAGGACAUGCGGGAGGCCGAGAGAAACCUCACCGACAUGGCCAAGUGUUGUGGCCUGUGCGCCUGGCCCUGUGCUAAACUGAAGGACUUCGAGGCCAGUGGAGCCUAUAAGAAGGUGUGGGGCAACAACCAGGAUGGAGUGGUGUCCAGUCAGCCCUCGUCACGCGUCGUGGAUGACCGGGAGAAAAUGGUCAUGAGUGGGGGUUACAUUCGGAGAGUGACUAACGAUGCUCGAGAGGACGAGAUGGAGGAGAACCUAGCCCAGGUGGGCAGUAUCCUUGGCAACCUGCGAAGUAUGGCUAUAGACAUGGGCAAUGAGAUCGACACACAGAAUGUCCAGAUACAGCGCAUCCAGGAGAAGGCUGAUGUCAAUGAAUCACGCAUUAGUGAAGCCAAUCAGAGAGCACACAAGCUCAUUAAGAAGUGACUGCAUUAAGAGACUCUGUGAAAACACUGUACUAUCAACAUCC